GAUUAUCACUAAUUCUCCAGCAUACACUACACAAAUAGGAAAACAAGAGUUCCUCUUCAUACUUCUCAUUUCCUUCAAUUUUCAUUCUCAAAUUCAAUCUUUUUCUAGCGUCUAAAUCCUUCUACUCUUUCUUUUCUUCCUUACACAACUCCUCACAAUGGCAACAUCCUCAGCAACACUCUCACCAGCCAUAUUGACCACCACAGCCACAGUUGCCAAAUCUGUGAGGAAGCCAGCAAACAGAGUCCACUACAUUUCAGGGCUCAACUCAUUUUCUGGACUCAAAGCUCACAACACUGUUGCCUCUCUUGGUCUGCCUCAGUGCACUGACCAGUCCUUUGCCAACAUUGUCAGCUCCUUGAGAGCUCCUUCACAGAACCAAGGCAGAGGUGGAGGUGCACUUUCUUCUACCUGCAAUGCCAUUGGUGAGAUUUUCAAGAUUGCUGCAAUCAUGAAUGGACUCACUCUUGUUGGGGUUGCAGUGGGAUUCGUACUUCUUCGAAUCGAAGCCUUUGUGGAGGAGUCAGAUGAGUGAGAAUUCUCAGAUACCCUUUAGUUGGAUUUAUCUGUUGUUUGUGAAAAUCGUAUCCGUGUAUCAUUUCAUUGUCAUAUGAUGUAACAAUGGCUUUGCAUUUGCUUCUUCUUAACUGAGUUGGAUAUCUCAGCCAAACUAGCAAUAUGAAUCCAAUCUAAAAUGUAAUAAGCACAAGAGGUCAUAUGAACAGCAGCUUACUUGGUGACAAAACUAUAUAAUACAAUUCCAAUGGUUAAGCAAACCGGCCAGUUCCUAUAAUAAGAAUUG